UUACACGUGCUUGUCUGCAGGUCCAAGAUUGGUGAAUAGAUUUCGUCCUGACUUCAAGAGGAAAUUUGAGGAUUUGUUUGAUGAUGACACCAUGACACAAUACAUUUACCACUGUAACGCUCAAAGUCCGAGUGGAGAGGUGGGUUUCAAAGCCAUGAAUGAGUCUUUUGGCUGGGCGAAGCGACCAAUGGUCCAGCGUGUGAACUUACUUACUGCCACCCUCGAUGCCCGUCACCAUGUUGUUAUUGGUGCUCUCUCCUGGGUAGACAGCAGCACAGGAAACACAGUGGUUCAGAUAAGAGGCAAAAGCCCCACCACUAUCAUACUCAUCGAGGACGCCUCCCAUCACGUGUAUGCCGACCAGCCGGAGGAGUUUAACCGGACCGUUCAAGGCAUCUGUAAUACUAUAGACUGAGAAUCAACAUAAAUAUAUUUAUAAGACAAAGAGAA